CCCCCGCUGCCGCCGGGCGGGGCCGGAGCGGGCGCCCCGGGGCCAGGGCCGGAGCGGGGCCGGAGCGGGGCCGGAGCGGGGCCGGGACCGCUGCCCGGACCGCUGCCCCCGCCAUGUCCAAGCUGCUGCCGGCGCAGGAGGCGGCCCGGAUCUACCACACCAACUAUGUGCGGAAUGCGCGGGCCAUGGGGGUGCUCUGGGCCCUCUUCACGCUCUGCUUCUCCAUCCUGAUGGUGGUGACCUUCAUCCAGCCCUACUGGAUCGGCGACAGCAUCGACACGCCGCAGGCCGGCUACUUCGGCCUCUUCUCCUACUGCAUCGGCAACGCGCUCACCGGUGAGCUCAUCUGCAAGGGCAGCCCCCUGGACUUCGGCACCAUCCCCUCCAGUGCCUUCAAAACUGCCAUGUUCUUCGUAGGCAUCUCCACCUUCCUCAUCAUCGGCACCAUCCUCUGCUUCAGCCUCUUCUUCUUCUGCAACGCGGCCACCGUCUACAAAGUGUGUGCCUGGAUGCAGCUGGCGGCGGCUACAGGGCUGAUGAUCGGCUGCCUGAUCUACCCCGACGGCUGGGACUCGAGCGAGGUGAAGCGAAUGUGCGGGGACAAAACUGACAAAUACACCCUGGGCGCCUGCACCGUGCGCUGGGCCUACAUCCUGUGCAUCAUCGGCAUCCUCGACGCCCUCAUCCUCUCCUUCCUGGCCUUCGUGCUGGGCAACCGGCAGGACAACCUCCUCCCCUCGGAUUUCAAAGUGGAGAACAAAGAAGAGGGAAAUGACUGACAGAGCUGAUCACCAUGGACAUCCAGAGCUCCUCUUCCAUCAGCCCUUUUCUUUGAAGUGACUCUUCUAGGAAGCUUAAACAUACCAAAUUCUGUGGAUUUUCUACAGCUGUUUUCUUCACCCAUGGGGCUGCUCUUGGCUCACAGCUCUUGUGGAGCUUAUUUGGUGGGAAAAGCCCAAAAUGGACAUGAGAGUUUUUCUGAGUCCAUCAGCAAGAGGGACAAGAGGGCAAGGAUGGCAAUUUGCUGCUUUUUGGGGGGUUUGUACACCUUCUUUGAAGGAAAUUAUUUAUGAAUUAAAAAAAAAAAAAAAUACCACCAAAACAUCAGUGUUUGGGGUUUUGUGUCUCCUGAGGG